AUGAAAACACCUGGUGAGUUAAUUUUCAAAUUUCAAUGCAUUUUCCAAACAAAGAGGACUCUUUAUUUCGGUAAACACGGAUUUUAAUCGUUCGUCUUAUCGACGAAAUAUUCCAAAAUAUUUUUUACGAUUUAAUGUUGAUUGUCGUUUUACGACAUUAUUUUUCUCUUUCUCAAAUAUUACAAAACAAUAUUAAGAAAUUAAUAACAAAUAAAUCUACGUAUCAUACAAAUUUUAUGUUAUUCAUUAUAAAUUUUUUUUUAAUCCUUGGUUAAAAAAAAAAGUACAGCAGAUAUUUAAGUAUUAUGUUUUUUUUAAAGCUUGUUCGUAUAUUUGCAGAUGUUUAUUAAUUACAUUAUGAAAGUAUUCAUAUAAACAAUUGUUAUAUAUAUAAACAAUUGUUAUAAUAAUUGCAUCAUUUAUUGAUUUAUUUAUUAUAUUUAUAUUAUUAUAUUUAUAUAAAUAUAUUUAUUAUAAUAAAUAGAUUAAUAUAAAAUGAUCAUUCAGGAUAUUAGAGUUAGAAGCAGCCCUUCUUGAUACACAAGCUCCAUCGGCAUCUGAUAUAUACGCAAUUUGUAAAGGACAAGCUGUUCCUACGAAUUUAAGACCUGAUGUGUGGCAAGCUUGUUUAGAUGUUAUCGACCGGGGUAAUCAGUUAAGUCAGUUCAAUGAAGUUUUUGAUUUACCAGAACAAAAUAUUAUACGCGAUGAUUGUCAACAAUUAGUUGAAAAAUUGGGAAACGAUGAUGAAGAUAAAGUUUCUGUUGUUUCCGAUUUAGAAUCUAUUUUAACAUUUUAUUGUAAGAGUAAAGGGAAACAGUAUAAAAGAGGAAAUGGUUGGAUAGAAUUAUUAGGUCCUUUAAUAGCUUUAAAACUCCCACGAAGUGCAACAUAUAAUUUAUUUGAAGAAAUAAUAGACUUUUAUAUUCCUAGAGGUGAAACAUAUAGCUCUGUAUUAAGAUUAUUACUACUCUAUCAUGAACCAGAACUAUGUUCUUUCUUGGAUACAAAAAGAGUGUCUCCUGAUCAAUAUACAAAAGGAUGGGUAACUACUUUGUUUGCUGGUGUAUGUUCGCUACCAGCUGUUUGUACAAUGUGGGAUCUAUAUUUCAUGCAAGCUGAUCCAUUUUUUAUGUUAUUUCUUUCACUUAUUAUGGUGAUAAAUGCCAGGGAGCAAAUCUUAAGUAUGAAAGAUAAUGAUAAACAAAAUAUAAUAGAUGCAAUUGCUGCUAUGCCAUGUGCAUUGGAAGCAGAAGAUGUGACAGACUUUUGCUCAUUGGCACAAUAUUAUGCAAUGAAAACGCCAUCAUCCUUUAAACAAGAUUUAUAUCCUAUUAUGUUUGGCGAUGGUUUUGAUGAAAAAUGUAUAUCACAUGUACUUUGUUUGCCUGUAUCGGCCCAAGAAUUAGUUGAAAAUUCCAUCGAGAGUCCGUCCAUGGCUAACACCUCGGUUGAAUCUGUUAAGUUCUUUUUGGUAGACUGUAGACCUGCUGAACAGUAUAAUGCAGGACACCUACCAACUGCAUUUCAUUUAGAUUGUGAUUUGAUGUUACAAGAACCUGCUGCUUUCGCAACAGCAGUACAAGGAUUGUUGCAAGCACAACGACAAGCAUUAGCUGUUGGAUCGCAAGCUGGUGGUGAACACCUUUGCUUUUUAGGAAGCGGUAGACAAGAGGAAGAUCGUUAUACGCAUAUGGUAGUUGCAUCUUUUCUACAGAAACAUACUCAAUAUGUUAGUAUGGUUACAUCAGGAUAUCAAGCUAUACAUGAAUAUUUUGGUGACGAAGUCGUUUCUAGUCUUGUUGAUCAUAAUUCACAGCAUUGUUUAGUAUGCAGUGCUAAUAUUUCAGAGACAAAUUCGAACGAAGCAAGUCCUGCCAAGGUUAAAAAUAAUAAUUCCGAUUUCUUCGGAAAAAUAAAAAAAGUAAAGGUAAAAUUAUUCGAUUAUAUUGUUAAUCCGUCAGCAAGUGUGCAUAAUAAUAUAGAAAACAGAAACGGCAAGGACUUGGAUUUUGUUAAACGACAGAAAAAGACGGCCCCAGUAUUUAGUAUAGAUGAUGAUCAAGAAUUGGAUAUGACAAUGACAAAUAAUGAAAGUGAAGAACCUAUUGAAGUUGUAUCUAUUCAACAAUGGAUGAAAGAUCCGAAAUUGCUACAUUCCUUUAAAUGUCAAGAAUACUUCGAGAAAUACAAGAAAGGAAAGGUGCAGCACAUGUAAUUGUAAAACGUCCGUUAACGAGUAUUGUUAAAAUAACAUCUAGAAAAAGACAUUCAGAUUUGAUUACAUUUAAAUACGGUACAACGCAAUAUAAUGAUACGGUAAUUUCAGAUAUGGAUAAAUUUCUUAUUCCUAACGCGAGUGAGGCUACUAAAUUAAUCACGCAACAGAUUUUAAAACAAUUGAAAACAUCAAAUUGA